UUCGAAAUUUCCCAAUUACAGAUCGAGCCAUUCACCCUUCUAGGAGUUUGUGCCGGUCUUAUACCAUAUCCUCAUCACAACCAAUCGCCCAGAAACACUUAUCAGUGUGCUAUGGGUAAACAGGCAAUGGGAACAAUUGGCUACAAUCAGCAGAAGCGCAUCGAUUCUAUCAUGUAUCUACUGUGCUACCCUCAGCGACCGCUGGUGAAGUCAAAGACUAUUGAGCUGAUCAACUUUGAAAAACUCCCAGCUGGUGCUAACGGAAUUAUAGCUGUCAUGUCGUACAGUGGAUAUGAUAUUGAAGAUGCGCUGGUUCUGAACAAAGCAUCACUCGAUAGAGGAUAUGGUCGGUGUCUGGUUUAUAAACACGCUAAAGGAACAGCUAGGAAGUAUCCAAAUCAAACAUAUGAUCGCCUCAUGGGUCCUUCUUUAGAUCCUCUUACAAGGAAACCGAUCUACAAGCAUAGGGUUCUCGAUCAAGAAGGCAUCGUUUUUGCCGGAGCACGUAUCUCUUCCAAGCAAACUAUGAUCAACAAACAUAUGCCGCACGUCGAUUACUCGGAGGUACGCUCAAUCGAAUAUAAAGACGUCUCCAUCACCUAUAAGAAUCCCGUUCCGUCAUAUGCAGAACGUGUGCUGUUGACCUACAACGACGAGGAAGCGCAUUUGGUGAAAGUUCUUCUGAGGCAAACAAGGCGGCCGGAAUUGGGAGACAAAUUUUCUUCGCGACAUGGACAAAAAGGAGUAUGUGGUCUGAUUGCGGCUCAGGAAGACAUGCCGUUCAAUGACCUUGGUAUGGUGCCGGACAUGAUUAUGAAUCCGCAUGGGUAUCCAUCUCGAAUGACAGUAGGAAAACUUAUGGAACUGCUCAGCAGCAAGAACGCAGUUCUAAGUGGCCGUUAUCAUUACGGAACAGCUUUCGGUGGUGAUCAGGUGAUUGACGUGUGUAACGAACUGGCAUCUCGUGGAUAUAAUUACCUGGGCAAAGAUAUGCUAACCAGUGGAAUUACGGGUCAACAGCUCUCUGCGUACAUAUAUUUUGGGCCAAUAUAUUACCAAAAGCUCAAACAUAUGGUGCUUGACAAAAUGCAUGCGAGAGCACGAGGACCGAGGGCUGUGUUGACUCGCCAGCCUACAGAAGGUCGCUCCCGUGAAGGUGGACUGCGUUUGGGUGAAAUGGAGCGUGACUGCUUGAUUGCAUACGGAGCAUCUAUGCUGUUGAUGGAACGUUUAAUGGUCUCAUCUGAUGAGUUCAAGGUGGAAGUCUGUUCGGAUUGUGGUCUCAUAGGAUACCAUGGUUGGUGCCAGAAUUGUCGAUCCAGUAAAUCCCUGGCAAAUAUCAAGAUCCCAUAUGCGUGCAAAUUACUAUUUCAAGAGUUACAAUCGAUGAAUAUUGUGCCUAGGCUUGAACUAGCAAGGUAUACUCAAUAA